GGAACAACGCACAAGGGUUUCCACCACUUAACGCGCGCUUACGCUUGCCUCUAGGCACCGUAACAGCGCUAAUACUCAUUCUGUGCUAUUUAACCAUUGUCAGCUGCGUUGCUGGUGCAGCGUGGGGUAAAUUUAUUACUCGCGGCAAUUCGCGACUUUUCCACGCUGACCCCUUCACAUGGCAUCGUCGUCUUCAAUAUGCCGAGGGUCCAUAGCAGGUCCUUGUGGAACCGGCUUGCGGUCCAGGCCAAUUCCAUUUGCAUCUCAUAGUAUGGCUUGCGUUGGCCUGCCACGCCCUGUCCAAGCAGAUGCCGGCCCCUCCACCUCGUCUGUAGCUGCGUGCAGCUCGAUGCCCUCCGCAGCCGUAUACUCGACUGGCCUGAAGUCCCUACGGUGUCGGCCAGGCGUGCUGACCCCAUGCGUUUCCGGCGCUUCUUGCACAAGCCGGUUUCCUGUUCCUGCUAGCGGCUUCCGUGCCGGGCAGACGAUACAAGCAGCGGCCAGCAGUAGCAGCAGCGUGGGGAGCAGCAGCAGAUUUAGCAAUGCACAUGGCACGCGCAGCAGCAGUGGCAGCGGCGCGGCAAGCUCGGGGCUGCGGCCUGGCCUACAGCCGCAACAGCGGCAACAGCAACCUCAGUCGCAUAGGACAGACGCGUCGAGCCGGAGGGUUGCGGCGGCAGCGGCGGCGGCAGCGGCUGCAGAUGGCGCCGGCAGUCGUCCGGCCGGCGGCGAUGGCGGUCUCAUUGAGGAGGCGCAGAAGCUGGUGGGCACGCUGACCAACCAGGCCUCCCGGUUCUGGGCGCUGAGCGGCAAGUUCAUGCCCAUGGUGGGUCUGUUCUUCAUGCUGGCCUUUGUCAACACCAUCCUGGACUCGCUCAAGGACACGCUGGUCAUCACCGCGGCGGGGGGCGGCGCGCAGGUGAUUCCCUACCUGACUGUGUACGCGGUGCUGCCCAGCAGUCUGGUGUUCCUGCUGGCCUACAGCUACGCCAGCCAGCGCUUCAGGCGCCAGACUCUGUUCAACGGCAUCGUUGCGGUGUUCAUGACCUUCUUCGCCGGCUUUGCGCUGUGGCUCUACCCCAACCACCACCUGCUACACCCCACCUCGUGGGCGGAGGGCGCCGCCGCCUCGCUGCCGCUGGGGCUGGACGGGCUUGUGGGCAUGGUCCGCAACUGGACCUUCACUCUGUUCUUCUGCAUGAGCGAGCUGUGGGGCGACGUGUGCCUUGGCCUCCUGUUCUGGGGCCUGGCCAACGACACCACCAGCCUGGCGGACGCGCCCACGCUGUACCCGCUGUUCGGGCUGGGAGCCAACGUGGCGCAGGCGCUGGCGGGGUUCGUGCUCAAGUUCUUCUCUGGCCCCGCCUCCCACGGCGGCUCCUUCACCUGGGAGGUCCAGUCGCUGAUGGCGGUGGUGAUGGUGUUCUCGGUCGCCGCGCUGGCCCUGCACCACGCCAUCAGCGCACAGCACAACGCGCACAGGGCCGAGCGCCGCGCCGCACGCAACGCCGAGCGCGCGGCGCAGCAGCAGGCGCUCUCGCAGGCUGCAGCCGCAGCCGCCGCGCGCGGCGACGCGCCGGCGGCGGCGGCGCCGGCCCUGCAGCUCGCCUCAGCUUCAGUGGACCUGCCGGCGGCGGCGCAGCCGCAGCUCCCCAAGGACGCGGCUAGCACCCGCCCCAAGAAGUCGAAGCAGAGCAUGGGCGAGAUCUACCGCACGCUGGCCAGCAGUGUGCCCAUCCGCUGCCUUGUGGUGAUGAGCAUGGCGCAGGGGCUGUGCACCAACCUGAUGGAGUUUGCGUGGAAGAGCCACAUCCGGCUGCUGUAUCCCACACCCGCCGAGUUCACCUCGUUCCUGGGGGACGUGUCCACCUGGCAGGGCAUUGUCACGGGCCUGCUGAUGGUCCUGUCGCCCACCAUGUUUGAGCGGCUGGGCUGGGCGGGUGUUGCCGCCGCCACGCCCCAGAUCCUGCUGUACGGCGGCGGCGCCUUUUUCGCCGUGGCCAUGGCCUACCAGUUCGUCAUGGCGCCGGCCGCCGCCGCCGCCACCGCCUCCGGCGCGGCCGCCGCCGCCGCCGCCUCUGCUGCCGUACUGCAGCUGCUGGUGUACGGCGGCGCGCUGCUGUACGUGUUCAGCAAGAGCGCCAAGUUCAGCCUGUUCAAGCCCGCGGAGGAGAUGGUGUACAUCAGCCUGGACGAGGAGGGGCGCACCAAGGGCAAGGCCGCCAUCGACGUGGUGGGCAGCCAGGCCGGCAAGAGCGGAGGCAGCGUGCUGCAGCAGGUCCUGCUGCUGCUGUGCGGCGGCGCCAUCGCGGGCCAGCUGCCCAUCAUGGUGGCCGUGUACCUGGCCAUGAGCAACGGCUGGCUGGGGGCCGUGGGGGCGCUCAGCAGGGUGGCCAACUACGGCCACCAGAGCACGGUGCACGACUCCCUGACCGCCUCCAUGGACGAGGUACCGCACACCACUGCGGGCGGCGGCAGCGCAGGCGGCAGCGGGGCCAGCGGCAGCAGCAGCAGCAGUCACAGCAGCAGCGGCAAUAGCCACAACGGGCACGGCGGCCACCAUAACGGCAACGGAAACGGCCACCACCACAACCACCACGUAGCCACCGCUGUCACCCAUGGAAAUGGAAAUGGAAACGGCGCGCAAGCCAGCCACAACGGCCACAACGGAAAUGGAAACGGUCACCACAACGGUCACCACACGGUCAUCGUGGCGGGCGAGAGCGCGACCGUUGCCGGCUUCGUGCACAGCGAGCACAACGGCCAUACCGGCCAAAACGCCGCAGCCGCUGAAGCGGUGCGUGCUGCGGCGGCAUGAACCGCUCUGAUGGCUGUGUGUUGGCGGCGGCACGUCCAGGGUGGACACACGAGGGUCUGACAGCCGGGCCCCGGGAGUAGCGCUGGGGCCGUCGGGGCCUCGACGGCUGCAGAGCUGCGGGCAAGAGUAUCUUGGCCGAGCUCGCCGAGUCGGGGGAGGUUGUUUUAGCCGUUCAUCCAGACGGGAUGAGCAGGGUUGGCACGUGGUUGAUGGAGUUGGCAUUAGGUGGGUAGAUCGAAGCUUGCAAGCGGUGGUGGUCGCGGCGGCCGUGGGGCCGGUGGCGCGGGGGACAUGGCGGCGCGGCCGGACGUGCGAGACAUGAGUCCCGGCGGCUGUCAUCAGGGUGGGGGAUGGGUCGGCAUCAGGCCACGGGAUCCGGGCGUGGGAUCCGGGGUUGGGGUCGGGUACAACAGGAAAGGAACAACGGCAACCGCACCAACGGCAACAACGGCAUUUGGGAGGCCGAGCAGGAGGCCGCGUGCAACGUGUGCGCACAUGGGCGACAUAAGCAAUUUUGGCCCUGGCGUGGGUUGCCACGAAAACGUUGUUGGUGUGUGCAUGUGUGGAUGGACGAUGUGGCCAGUUUGGCAAAUGCAGCAACAGCAGCAACCGGAUAAGAUUUUCAUAAGCCGGUUGUUUGACCCCUUUCGCGCGUUUGACAUGUGUGUUGGUUGUGUUUAUUGUUGUGGUUGUCAGGUUUCUGGUGGCUGUUAAGGGCUGGAGCUGGUGUGAUCUGGAGGCGGCGCGUUGCCUGCAUGUGUGGAUGCGGGCCGCGCCGAUCCUUCCUACGUUCCCUGUUUCUGUCUCUUUGGAAGCAGUGCGGAUGCGCCAGCGGUUGCGUGUCUGCGCCAGCGAUCGGAUGCAAGUCUGAAGUACAAUAUACGGUAUGAAACCAACUGUGCCUGUGCGAGUGAGUCCUACUGCGCUUGCCAGCGCGAGUGUGCGUGUGAGAUUGAGUGGUGCAACCGAGCGGAGAGAGCGGAGUGCGCAGGCGCCAUCAAGCGCCUGUAGGUUCUUUCCGGUUAUAUGUGCACAGGAAAAUAUCUUCAAGAGUAGUGUGUCUGUGUGAGUGCUGACGACAAUUGGAGCUCCUUAGAGUGCAUCUAGGGACGCCCGUCCAGUGCCAGUACCGUACAUGCGUGUUUGCGUGUACACGCGAGGGUGUCACAAGUCCAUCAGAGCGUUCAGGUACAACAUUGCAGACACGGGGGUUGCGCGUGUGUGCUUGGAAAGACGAAACAAGGGGCGUAUAUAUGUUCUGCCACUGGUUUCGUGAGGGGCCAGACCUUGUGAAGGGCUUGCCAAGCGAUCCGAGUCGACGGGGAGUGUGGGACAUAGAGCGGAAUUAAAGAGAUGAUGUGAUGUUGGAGGAGGCGCAAAUCUGACACCCCUUGCGGACGACCACCGACCGCGGUGUGUCCAUGAUGCAGCAAGCCUGUAAAUGGAAUAACAUUUGGUUGGACUUAUUCCGCGCUGGCUACUGCCACUAUGAUUAAAAUCCUGGGCCAGGCAUUGCUGGCUGCAGUAAGGAUGCGGAUGUUACAGAGGGGACAGUCCCAGCUCCCGAA